GUACGUGCGCGUUCUCGUGUGCACUUUAGAACAAGUAGAGGACGACGGACUUCAUCGAAGGCUUCGCUUCUAGUUGUGUCUACCUCUUUAAACCUACCUAUCCGUUACACUGUUACAUAUUUUUAAACAAAUAACCAUGAAACGGAGGGGGAACCCGUGGCUGUUCGCCGGUAUUGUGGUCGUGUUGUCGUGUUUUUACCGAGCUGAAGCUUCGACAGCGGGCUUCGUAAAAUCGCCCAUGUCUCAGAUGAAACUGAUCGAAGAUGGUGCAGAGCUGCAUUGCGAAGUCAUAGGCAACCCCAUCCCUGAAAUUCAAUGGUGGUUCAUUGAGGGCGAAGAGCCAGAUGAGAUCGUUUCACAGCUGUUUGAUGGUGCAAGGGAGCACCGAGUACGCAUCAACGCCACCUAUAUCCACCACGCCACCAGCACGCUUUUACUCACCAACCUAGCGCUCAACGACACGGGUGUUUAUGAGUGCCGUGCAUCCAACGACCCAGACCGAAAUGAUCUCAAGACCCCGCCUAAAGUCAAGUGGAUUCGCUCACAAGCAAACGUUAUAGUGUUUGAACAUGCAAACAUCAUAACCGUACCAGGGGAGGUGAUCAACAAGACCGCUGCCACUCUCAGCUGCAACCUUACCGACCUCUCUUCUAAGGUCGGCGGCCAUUUUUGGACCAAGAAUGGCAAGGUUAUUGAUGCUACAAAGUCAGACAAGGGUGACCACUACAUAGAACAUGAAAUUAAGACGGUUGAUUACCAUUCAGCUGGCAUAUAUUCCUGUGUCUUCUUAACAGAGCCACAGGUUAAUGCCACAAUCGAAGUCAAAGCUAAACCUCAUGUAGGGGCAUAUAAACACUCCGAGCAUGGAAAUGAAAAUGACAAUGUCACUCUAGCGUGUGUGGCACAUGGGUACCCACUCCCUACAGACUGGUUUUGGUAUAAACUUAAUGAAGAUAAUUCUAAGACUUCCAUAAGCAAUAACACUGGUGAGAAGUAUGGAAUUCAGAACACCCCCAACAAGACCACGCUCUCUGUGAAUAAUCUGGACAUGGAAAAAGACCCGGGCUUCUACGUGUGCCACAGCGUGAGUGAUCAGGGAGAAGCCGAGGAUAAGAUCCAGCUGCGUGUGCGCAGCCGCCUGGCCGCUCUUUGGCCUUUCCUUGGCAUCGUCGCCGAGGUCAUUAUUCUAGUCACCAUCAUCUUCAUCUAUGAGAAGAGGAGAAAGCCCGAUGAGAUCAUUGAUGAUGAUGACUCAGGAUCUGCCCCACUGAAGAGCAACUCUGCCACGAACCACAAAGACAAAAAUGUCCGGCAAAGAAACUCCAACUAAGAAAGGAGGAAAGUAUCCUGAUGACUACUGCUGAAAACAAGCAUCAAGAGGCUGAAAAACACAUUAUAGUGCAAACCCCCUGCGAUUUCUAAACAACCCAAUGCUUGAGUGUAAAUGUUCUGAGAUAUUAAGUGAUCUUUUAGUUGUAUUCCUAACUGUAUUUGUGCUGCCGGCAGAUAUUUUAAGGUGGUUUUGGGGGGGAGGUGGGGCAGUUGCAUGAUUGUAUUCUUGAUGUAGAUGUGUUUAGUGAAAAUCUUAAUGUGGAAAUGGAACAGUUUUUCUUGUUUUGGCUUCUUUAAUUUCCAAAAACCGAACACUGUUUGGUGACAUUGUAAUUCGAGAAUGUCCAGUUUUUGCAAAUAGGUUGUCUAGCUGGGUAGCUAAAAACAAUGGCUCAGAGGUUCCCCUCAAAGGACCCCCUUCACUCAUUUUAGCAGAUUUUUUUUUUUUAUGUAAGCCUUAACAUCUAGUAAUCAAAAUGUAUCUUUUAUUUUUUGCAUAUUAAAGUGCACUAUUUCAGUUAGAUGGGUGAAAUGCCAAUUUUUAAGUUCACUGUUUGUCAAGCUAACCAUUUUCCAUUAAACAAGUUGAUUUUUCAAUGUCUAUAUUUUUUGCACCACCACAAACUAAUCCUAGAGGACCAAGUGCUAACAAGUUGUUUCCUUUGCUACUAGGUUAAUCAAUUUUCUAUUGCUAGCCAAAUUUUUAAAAGCAACACUGAGGAGAAUGAGAUGAUGGCUAUAAUCUUUUUAGAUGUAGUCAAUGGAAGUGUUAUUUAGUAAAGGCUUAUUUUGUUGCUUCUUGAUGCUCACCUAUAGACUGUUCAGAAGUCAUGCUUAGUACAUUGUGAAGUAUAGUGUCUGGAUGUGUGCUAUUUCAAAGAUACUCAAGACAUAAUUUAUUUUGCUUUAGCGUUUUAGGAAAAUCUAAUGCACUGUCAAAUGUACUGACUUGCACAUCUAAAUAAAACUAUUUGAUUUUAA